AAAAGUUUCCCCGAGCCGCAGUCUGCAAAGACAUCGGGGACGCAGGGCGGCUGAGUCCUCAAUUGGGUCUAGCGCCAGUCGGCGGUCAGGUCAUUGUCCGUCGCAGCCCCGAUUGAACAGGCUCGAACAGGAAAGUCUUGGCAGAAAGCCGGGACUGUGCGAUGAAAUUCAAACUAGUCUGACGACGCCGACAACGAGAGCCCGCCAGCACCCCGCAAGGAAUUUCCGCCUCAUCACGCAGGUCUUAGUCGAUUCCGGUCACAGAGGAUACAUACCUGUGAUCCAGCUUCUUCUCGCCCCCCCCCGUCGCCUUCCCCAGAUUCAUAGCUUAGUCGGCCAAUAUGCGGCCUAUUUUGCUUUCGGGCCAUGAACGGUCCCUGAACCAGAUCAAGUUCAACCGCGAUGGCGAUCUCAUCUUCUCCGUGGCUAAGGAUAAAAUUGUGUGCGCUUGGUGGUCGGCCAACGGCGAGCGACUCGGUACCUACGCUGGACACCAGGGUGCUAUCUGGACGGUCGAUGUGAGCCCCAACACUCUUCUUCUGGCAACCGGUUCGGCAGACAACACGGUGCGACUAUGGAACGUGAAGACCGGCGAGUGCGUCAAGGUGUGGGACUUCCCUACGGCCGUUAAGCGGGUCGAGUUCACCCCGGAUGGAAGCAGACUCUUGGCUGUGACGGAGAAGCGUAUGGGUUUCUUGGGUACCAUUGUGGUCUUGGAUAUCAACUACGGCGAGAACUUGAGCGAGCAGGCUGAGGAGCCUAGCUUGCGCAUCACCUGCACAGAGAGCAAGGCAACGGUUGCCGGCUGGGGUUAUCUCGGCCAGUUCAUCAUUGCCGGUCACGAAGAUGGCAGUGUCAGCCAGUACGAUGGCAAGACCGGUGAGCAGCUGGAGAACGUCCAGGCCCACGAGUUCGACCACCAGAUCAACGACAUCCAGUUCUCUCAAGACCGCACCUACUUCAUCACCGCCUCCAAGGACAAGUCCGCCAAGCUCAUGUCCACCCGUAACCUCGCCAUCCUCAAGACCUACGUUGCCGACACCCCCCUCAACAGCGCCACCAUUACGCCCAAGAAGGACUACGUGAUCCUGGGAGGUGGUCAGGCCGCCAUGGAUGUCACCACGACCUCUGCCCGCCAGGGUAAAUUCGAGGCUCGUUUCUACCACAAGGUCUUCGAGGACGAGAUCGGCCGUGUCAGGGGUCACUUCGGUCCCCUGAACACCGUUCACGUCCACCCCGCCGGUACUUCCUACGCCUCGGGCGGAGAGGACGGUUACGUGCGUGUGCACCACUUCGACAAGUCAUACUUCGAUUUCAUGUAUGAGGUCGAGCGGGAGCAGCUGAGAAGGUGAAGUGAGUGAAGGAUGAGAGAAAGACGGGAGUGUUUGAUUUUUCCUUUACCAGUUACGCAUCGUGUGUAUGUGUCAUGAGGCGAAGAAUAUCUUUUUUACUACAAAAGUAGAAAGACAAAGGCACGGCGGUACGAAGAAGACCUCGGGGCGAUUCAGGGCAUGAGUUCUUUUCAUUUCCUUUUCCAUGAUAAAGUCGGAGUUGGUACCAUUUGCUUUUCUGGUCGCUUUCUGUGUCCUAAUAAAAGAAACCACAAUUGCUUCUUCCAUUUAUCAUUCUAUUCUUAUGAAUAUAUAUCAGGUUUAUGAUCCAGAC